GGUUGUUGUUAGUUUUCCAAGCAAAGGAGAACUUGCUGGCUGCUGCAAAUCUUCUCUUUAUAUGCAUCAUUUGGGUAUUCAUAAAUGAUUUACUGCCAUGGGAUUGUUUUCUAUGUGCUGGUAUACUAGCUUCAUGAAGAUGAUAAGAAACCUCAACGAAUGAAGAUGAAUAUGCAACAACUCAGCGUCGGAUGAAGAAGUUGCUGCUCAAAUUCCAACCCAAGCCCAAUCUAUUGUUGAUGAGUCUGGAAGCCAGUUCUUGAUGUGGCUUAUUUACAGGAGCUAUGAGCAAUUCAACAACAAAGUCCAAGAAAUAUUGGCUUUUUUUGGAACACGGAAUUUGGGAUUCAUGCAUCACGAACUUGUUGAGAUUCUUAGCUAUGCCAUGGUUAUAACGCUGUUAUGAUGGUGUUGAUUUAAUUGAAAACCAUAUUUUUACGUCCGGUGCCUCAGGGACCAAUGCGGCAGUUCCAUGCUGAGAAACCGAAACUACUGACUGUCAUAUUGCCACAAAGUCUGAGCAAGCAGCUGCCCGAAAGCCAAGAGUUUCUGUCUACUGUCUAGAUGAUGAGACAUAUAUGCAGUUUCAAGUAGAUGGAAAUCUCCAGUAUGCAUGCCCAACAUGCCCAGGGGAUUGUUAUCAGGUCAGGAAUCAAGAGGAAGCUGUUCAGGAGCUUUGGAGGAGAAAAGAUGAAGCUGACAAGGAAGGAAGUGGUUGCAAGUUUGAGGGCAGCUGCCGGAUUGCCAUCUCAGGAAGAAAUAUUUUCAAUUUCACCUUAUUCUGAUGUUGAGGAUAGCCCUAUUGUAUCAAAGAAUGAAUUCGGUCGUUCAUUGAAAUUCUCUCUCAAAGGUCUGGCUGAAAAGUCUCCCAUGAAGAGCAAAGAUUAUGGGAAGAAAUCUUCAAACAAGAAGUAUGGUAAGAAUAAUGAUGAAAUGAGGACUUAUAAAGGUGAAGAGCCUGAUUCUUCUCCCAUUGCUGGAAGCUCGACAGAAGGGAGAUGUUUUUCGAAUCAGGCCGGGGUUGUUUUUCGAUAUGGUUGCUGUUGACAAUGGAGACAAGACGUCUGUCCAGAUAAAAGGCAACAAGCACCAUAAUACCAGUGAUGAAGAUGUUGGAGCUCAUAAAAGCAUGUCUAAGACCACCAAAGGACCAAAGCUUGUCAUACAUUUGGUCGAAUGGAAUAAAAGUCUAUCUGGUUCUUCUUAGUCUGAUGUUUCCAGUUGUCAAAGAGAGCAAUACUUGCCUACUUCAAAUGGGGGUGAGGAUAUGGGUCAAAAGAAUCUGAAUGAGCAUACAGAAAGGAAUGAAAUUGCAGCAGCAGGUAGAAAAGAUCAUCUCAACCAAACGCAAGAUCAAAAGGCCGGGGGAAAAGAGGGUCCCUUGAUAAAGAUAAAAAAAGCCUAGAACUGAAAUUGUUG